AUCACAAAAUUUCCCCCAAUCAAAUCUUAUGACACCAAAGACCUUCUCUUUGACAAACUAGUUACAUACACCCCAUAGAGCAUGGAGUACUUCAAAAAAACAAGAAAAGAAAAAGGCAAAUAAAAAAAAAUAAAACUACCAAAAAACAGUCAUCCUUUAGUCAAACCCAAAUUUAUUUCUCAGUCUAUAAUCUUCCUUUAACGGAAAAAAUUAUUAAUUCCCUCCUAAAAAACCCCAAAUAAAAAUUCCUAUCUUUCAUGGAGUUCUCUGUUUUUCUUUCUUUCUCACUAUUUUCCUCCCUAAUUUCUUAUCAAAAUCAAAGCUUUUGAUCAUCUCCUUCCUCUAAUGAAGAACAAAAUUAAACCCAUAAAUCUAAAACCUUUAAAAUUCCCACCAUUUUUUCUUUCUUCAUGAUGAUCAUUCCACCAUUUUCCACCAUUUUUUUCUAUGUCUUCUUACUUUGUCUACCCCACAUACUCCAUGGGCUUGGCUCUGGUUCAACACUUUCUAUAUCCUCUUCAACUUCCACAGUUUGUGGGAUAAUUUCAAGUGAAUUCAACAAAAGAAUUGAGUGUUAUAAAAAUGGAAACUUGAUUAAAAUCCAACCCAAUAUUUCUUAUGAUUCCAUUGUUGGAGGUGGGACCUUUUUUUGUGGUCUUAGAUCAGGUGGAAAAAGUUUAUUUUGUUGGGAUUCAAUCACAAAUUCAUCUACAUUUCUUCCAAAAAGAAUUUACUUCAGUGAUUCUUCUCCAUUAAAACAGAUUUCAGUUGGUGAUAAUCAUGUUUGUGGGAUUAUUAAUGGAACUAAUGAGAUUAAAUGUUGGAGAGGAAUCAAGGGUUCUAAUCAAAUCCCAUCUGGGGUUGAUGGGUUUCAAUCAAUUUCAUCUGGGUUUAAUUUUUCUUGUGGGAUUUUGAUAAAUAGUUCUAGGGUUAGAUGUUGGGGUGUUGAUAGAGCCCUAGCUUCCGAAAUUGAAUCCCAAUUUGGAAAUUUUUCUAUGCUUAGUUUAACAGCUGGUGGGCAACAUGUUUGUGGGUUUAAUUCAUCUGGGUUUUUGAUUUGUAAAGGUAAAAACUCUGCAAAACAAUUAGAUUUUCCUUUUGAUUUGAAUCAAUCAUCUGGGUUUUCAAAUUUAGGUUUAGGGUUUGAUUAUACUUGUGCAAUUAGGAAAUCUAAUGGUACAGUUCUUUGUUGGGGUGGUAAUGGUGCAUAUGCAAGUAAUUUAACACAAAAUGUUAAUUUUGAAUUUUUAGUUGGUGGGAUGAAUUUUGUUUGUGGAUUUAUUACUAGAAAUUCUUCUGUUUUGUGUUGGGGCCCAGGAUGGUUGGGCAAUUUAGAACUUCCUUUACCAAAAAUUCUUCCUGGCCCAUGUAUUCAAUCUCAAUGCUCUAAAUGUGGUGUAUAUCCUGAAUCUCAAUCCCUUUGUUUUGGUUUUGGUAACAUUUGUGUAACAUCUUGUAGUGUUCCACCACCAUUACCGCCAUCUCGGCCUCCGUUUCAGCCACCUUUGGUUUUGCCACCCGAAUCUCCGCCAUUGACCUCUAAGAGCUUGAGAAGAGGCCUUUUAGCUUUUGCAAUUGUUGGUUCAAUUGGUGCAUUUUUUGGAAUUUGUACUAUAAUCUAUUGUUUGUAUACUGGUGUUUGUUUUGGUAGAAAAAAGGUUCAUAAUUCGGUACAACCCACGAUCACUCGUGGGGGUUCGAGUAAUAAUGCUCGUAACUCGAGCAAUAGUCCCCCUUUAAGGUCGUUAACGAUUAGGCGACAAGGGUCUCUUGCGUUUAGGCGACAAAGGAGCGGAACUUCCUCGACUAAACACCCCGAUAGGGCGGAGGAAUUCUCCUUCCAAGAACUAGCUUUAGCAACUGAUAACUUCUCGUUGGAGAACAAGAUCGGUUCGGGUAGUUUUGGGGUGGUGUAUAGGGGAAAAUUAGGGGAUGGUAGGGAAGUUGCAAUCAAAAGAGGGGAAAUUGGAUCAAAACCCAAAAAGUAUCAAGAAAAAGAGAGUGCAUUUGAAUCAGAAUUAGCAUUUUUAUCUAGGGUUCAUCAUAAACAUUUGGUUAGGCUUGUUGGGUAUUGUGAAGAAAGGGAUGAAAGACUCUUAGUAUAUGAAUACAUGAAAAAUGGAGCAUUGUAUGAUCAUUUGCAUGAUAAAAGCAAUGUUGGGAAAGAUUUUAGUGUUAUAAAUUCUUGGAAAAUCCGGAUCAAGAUCGCGUUAGAUGCUGCUCGAGGUAUAGAAUACCUUCAUAACUAUGCAGUCCCGCCCAUCAUUCAUCGCGAUAUCAAGUCAUCGAACAUCCUGCUUGAUUCUGAUUGGACUGCACGAGUAUCUGAUUUCGGUUUAUCUUUGUUGAGCCCGGAAUCUGCACAAGAUUUCAGACCCACGAAAGCAGCUGGGACAGUCGGGUAUAUUGAUCCCGAGUACUAUGGCUUAAAUGUGGUAACGGCCAAGAGUGAUGUUUAUGGUCUCGGUGUUGUAUUGCUCGAGCUUCUUACAGGAAAGCGAGCAAUAUUUAGGGAUAAAAACAGUGACGGAGAUCCAAUUAGUGUGGUCGAUUAUGCUGUUCCCGCGAUUUUAGCAGGAAAAUUGGCGAUGAUUUUGGACCCACGAGUGGAUCCUCCUGAAUCGAACGAAUCGGAGGCAGUCGAGCUAGUUGCAUAUACUGCAUUGCAUUGUGUAAACUUGGAAGGAAAAGAUAGACCUACAAUGACUGAUAUUGUAGCAAAUUUAGAAAGGGCUCUAAACCAUUGCAAUGAUAGUCAUGAUAGUAUGUCUAGUGCUAGAUUCUUGUCCUUUGGAUCAGAUUCAUAAAUUCAAGCAAAAAUUCAUUGUACAUUUCAUUAUUAGACAUAAAUUUUAGAUUAGGCAAACUUAGACUUCUUUUUCCCUUAGUAAUUUUGUUCAAAUGAAGUUGUACAUUCCUUUUCUAUUUUCCGGUUUUGGUUUAUAACCUUAAGGUUUAGGUCUUUUGCGAAUUACAGCCAACAAAGUAUCAAUGUCUCUAACAUUCAGGCCAAAACACAUAAAAUGAUAGGAAUUUCAAGUUAAGUGGGAAUCUUGUGGUUUGACUUGAACUCUUUGGACAUUGAUACUUUGAUGACUGUAAUUUAGAAAAAAAAAAAUAUCACGGCUGUAAUUUGUAAUGCGUCUAAACUUUAAAACUGUAAUUCAUAAAUUAAAAUAAUUCGAUUUAUUAUUAUUAUUAGGGUAAGGUUGCGUUCAUCUGUACUUUAAUCUAGUUUAGAAAAUUAGAAGGUAUUGUGGAACAUUUGAAAAAGAUGUUACAUAAUGAUAUUAGUAGAUGUAGCUUUAUUGAAUUAAUUUUACUAGAAAUGGUCCAUAUAAAAUAGUUGGAAAUGGUCAAAAGAGACGACGGUCUUAGUAUGAGUUUGAUUGUUCAAGUCAUGUAGGCUAUGGUUUUGUCUUGGUGCAUUAUUAUCAAUUACUAGGAUAUGAUUUUGAUGGUAUUUGUAUAUGAUUGCAUGUAAAAUCAGCAGUCUUUUUUUAAUGUGGAAAAUUUUAUUAGAAGUAGCAUUAAAGUUUAUAAGUCAAUGGCGAUUCCGAGUUAAACUGACAAAUUUAAGAUAUUAGUAUUGAGUAAGCUGAAUAAUACCCGGUUAUUACAUUUAAAGUUGUAUUUUAUGGUACAUAUUUUAAUACUGGUGGUAUUUUUUUAAAAAAUUAUAAGUUAGCCUAGUGAUCAAGGAUUUUCCCUUUCAUCCUUAUGACACCAAGAAAGAACAUUAAUUCCCUCUCCCUGGGCAUUCUUUAGCCCACUUAGAUAAAUUAAAUAUUAACUUGUUUCAUAAGCUAUGCAAACUCGACACUAAAUUUAUAUUCGCGAUUUGUGUUACCAAACUUAUAGCAUAAAGAUGCUGGUAUUGUUCGUCUUGUAUGAGACCGUCUAGCCAUGAAACGAACCCAUAUAAUUAGUCUAUUUAUUAUAAAUGAUCAAUUUAAUGUACUAAAUAUA